GUUUAACGUUGCAAAGGUACAACAGCGGAUCCAGCAGUUCCGGAGCAGCAGUAGCAACCGUUCCUCAGUGCAGUUUUUGUGACGUGCAGAAGAAUCCGUUUGGAAGAAAAUGUUGCGAUUUGUGUCUGCUAUUGCGGUCCUGGCAGCAACGGCUGUCCAGUCGGCCCCAGUGGAACCGGCUCAGUAUGCUUUCGUGACGAAGCACCACCACGUACCGGAGCAGCAUCACGUGCUCGAGCAUGUCCAUCAUGUGCCAGAACCUAAGCUGGCCGUCCACUACCCGGUGGAGCUGCUCCAGGACCACCACCAGUACCAGGAGCCUCAGCUCGUUCUGAGUAACGACAAGUACAUCGGAGAGGCGCACGAGUACCAACACCACGAGGCACCGGCGACCAGCUACAGCGAGGGCAACGACUACAGCAGCCUGUACGGUGGCAAGCACGGUUCUCACCUGUACGAUAACUACCAGUACGGACAGUACGAUGCUGGCUACGCCAAGAAGUACGACGAGUACAACGCAUACCCCAAGUACAGCUUCGAGUACGGUGUGGAUGAUCCUCACACCGGCGAUCACAAGAAGCAGUGGGAAUUCCGUGAUGGUGAUGUCGUUAAGGGUGGAUACAUGCUGAAGGAAGCCGAUGGAACGACCCGUGUCGUCGAAUACACCUCGGAUGACCACAACGGUUUCAACGCAGUCGUGAAGAAGUUCGGCCAUGCCCACCAUCCGGAACCGGUCAAGCAGCACAACGCCUACGGCUACAUCGGUAACUAUGCUGGUGCGUACGCGACCGGCGAUCACUAUGGCAAGGGUGCCACCAGCUACGCCAAGGUCUGGAAGCAACACUAAGGCGCAACGCGCGGCAACCAACACUGCCUCAGCGAUCAGCAGAUGUUUUGCGGAUGUCGUCCAAGAUGCCAACGAACCUGGCUGAUCGGGAAAUGCCGUUGAGAUUAAUCUAGAUAAUUGCAAAACCCCAAUCCGAACCGCAUUCUAUAGGAGAAGAUUAUUUAUUAUCGUUUACUGCAAAUACUGUUGGGCAAACGUCCGACCCACCCAGCUUACCUGGGUGAAGCUGGCCGAUUGCAAACUGCUCGUGCUCUUUUAUUAAUAAACCUGUCUGUGA